AUUGGGAAUGUCCAUCCAUCAAUCAUCGCCAGCUCAGAGCUCCAUUAUUCUACCAUCCAUCUUCUCUUCUUACAAUAACUGAAUAAACUUCUCAUCACGCCCUUCAGUCUAUCUUCACAUUCUCAACACCUGUCAAGAUGGGUGGCGAUCUCAAUUUGAAGAAAUCAUGGCACCCCUCUCUUCUCCGCAACCAGGAGCGCGUCUGGGCGGAAGAGAAGCGCGCCCUCGAAGAACGGAAACGCAUCGACCAGCUGCGGCGCGAACGGGACGAAGAACGUCAGAUCCAGGAACUCCAGCGGCUGCAGGAAGACUCGGGCAAGCCGCGCCAGAUCCAGCGCGUGGACUGGAUGUAUCAGGAGCCGUCGAGCGCGACCGGUCACUACUCGGAGGAGAUGGAAGGGUAUCUGCUAGGGAAGCGGCGAUUCGACCAGAUUCUGCUGAAGAAUGACGAGAGUCAGGCGCUGAAGAAGGGGGCCGGGGGGAUGGGUGGUGCGGUGACUGGUGGGGCAGAGGCUGGCGCUGGUGCUGGUGCUGGUAGCGCCGGAACGAACGCAAGAGAUACUAUGACUAAGGUGCUGGCGGAUCCGUUGUUGGAGAUUCGGAGAAGGGAGCAGGCGGCGCUGGAGACGGCGGUUAAGGAGGGUGUUAGGAGGGUGUCAUCUUCUGCUGUUGCUGUUGGUUCUGGGGCGGGGUCGCAUAGGGAGAGGCGGCAUCGGCGCGAUAGUAGGGAGAGGGAGAGAGAUCAUAGGAGCAGUAGGAGGAGCAGAAGGUAUAGUGGUGAGGACGAUGGGAGGUCGUCGUCGCAUCGGCACAGGGAGAGGGAGAGGGAGAGGGAGAGGUCGCCUAGAGAGCGGAGUGGUCACCACCGGCGAGAUGACAGGGAUCGCAGAGAUCGUGACUACGACAGAAGGGACCCGGAUCGCCGGGAUAGGGACCGCGGCGACGGAGACGGCGAAAGGGAGUACUCGAGCAGGCACCGCCAGCGAGAGGAUCGUUACGACCGUCCUUCCCGCCGCGAUGGCCCCCACAAUCGAUCCCCCUCACCGCGAACUGAUCGCUACCGCUCAGACCGACGUCGAUUUGACGACAGAGGAGAUGGCGCUCGCCAAGACGUACCUGACAGAGAUAGACGAGAGAGAUCCGAUCGCUUCGUUGACAGAAGAGACCACAGAGCCUCAAGAGACUCGUACAAUCGUGACGGAAACCCACGGCGCGAUGAGGACUCGCGGCAGAAAUCCAAGGACUUGGAGCAAGAACGUCAGCGCAAAUUGGCAGAGAUGCUGUCGAACGCCGACGAGAUGGAAGAGUCCCGUCGCCAGCGCAUUGCGGAAGUCACAGCCUCGGAACAGAAGCAACUCGAUGAGGACGAGAAGCAUCGCUCUGAAAAGGGUCGUUUUGUUUCUGGUCUGCAUCGGAAACUCCAGGAGGAUAAUCUUGACGAUCGUCUCAAGCGUAGUCGUGGCGGACUUGCUCGAUUGGACGAUGAAUGAUUCGUUAUUCAGUACAGCGUUCUAUUACCAGACGUCACAUCUAUGCUUCCCGACGUAUGUCGUGCAUUAAAAUCAUUUGUGAUUACCAUGACAUCCUGUGAAUAAUAUUCAUACACCCGGUCCUGUUCGAGAGUUAGCUAGACUUAGUAGGCAGGUUGAAGAAUCAAACGUGC